AUGAAUGGGAGUCGUGAUGCCAGUAACCCUCAUUCGCAGUUCUACUCCGCAUCACAGAGCCUUCGGCGCAAACGCCUGCUUUCAGGCUCGACAUCGCCGUUCGAUCACGAUUCAUUUGAGUCCGCACAGAGCGAUGGGUCCAUCUUUAAUGCCAUCCGGGUCGCCACGCCGGAUAAACCCAGUCGUUUCUACGCCUCACUGAAUAAAGACAGCCCCGUUCGUGAACAAGGAUUGGCUGUGAACAUGGCCAGAUUUGUGUUUUCAGACUCCCAAGCCUCAGCCUCUCCCACUGAUCUACCAAGGCAAAGACGAACUCCAGCACGGAAACCUGGUGAUCAUCGCAAGAUAUUCUCUGAUCAGAACUGGCACGCCCCAGCACCCCGAAGGCCUGUCCCAAAACCAGUGGUCCCCGACUCUCCUGGUUACCACCGUAAAACGGUUUCACUCGGCACGACUGAUAAUCCCCGCGGUCAAAGAUGGCCUGGGACUACACAACCCGCUGUCGUUCUCGUCCAGCCUCGAUACCCAGCACCCGAACGAAGUCCCACACCACCUGGUCUUCCCUCGUUUGGCUCCCCAGAAGCCAUGCGAUACUCUGCCCGAUUUCUUAUGCGAGAUAACGCAGCCCAUGCCCGCGCAAACGAAGGAUCCAAUGCACAACGCAGCAGCUCAUAUGGCGGAACCAUUCGGCGGUUCUUUGGAUUUCCGACACCGACGCGGCGCAUUGACGUGCGCUCUGUGACUGGGAUCGGAAGAGCAGAGGAUGGAACAAUGGUUCAGGGUCGAUUCCCCUAUCGGCAGAGUGGUCAUGGAACCAAUGUCGCCCGGCCGCUGCACGAUCAUCCGUUCCAUCAUCGUCUUCCGACUGCUCGCUUCGAAUCUGGAGAGACUUCUCAGACUUAUGCUGAGACUUCUAAUAAAAGAAGCCUCAGAGACCAACGCUCGAGGCCCAAUGAACCUUCUCAUCUGACUCGACGACGUUCGCUUUCUCCUGGAGGUGGCUUCUCUUUCCCAUCGAGGCCGACCUCUGCGGUGGUGGCGGGUGCGCGUCCACUGAGACCUGUUGCGCUUCAUAGGCUUCCCCGGGAUUUAUCUGGGCCCACUCGUUUAUCCAGCACCACGGCAAACUCCGGCGCGCCUUCCCCUGAAGGUUCUGGAAAUGCUAGCCAUCCAUCUUCUGUGUCAUCCCGAAUCCAUUCGUUCUUUUCGGCUGUCUGUGGAGACGGUGCGGGCGAUGCCCAUGAAGAUACAUCGAUCUAUCCAACCCUUACCUCUUGGAUCAACUUCCAGCCAUGCAUUUGCUGCUUGGGUGGCCAUGAAGAGCCUAAUGAUCCUCUCGCCCCAAUCACUUCCCGGGACACAUAUACAACUGCCAGAAGUCAGGUGUCGCCUGCUGGUUCCCAAACGGGGAGUGUUGAGGAAAGCCGUCCGCAAGUUCGGAGUCUUCAGGCAUGGGUCUCUUCUGUGUAUGGUGUGAUGUUUCCGACGCUUGUGAAUCCCACCACGCUUUAA